AUGUCCCCCUCCAAUGCCAAACUGUACUAUAAAGAAUACUUCCAUGAAGGGGAUCGUGAAUACAAGGCCACUGAUGCAGUAUGCUGGGAUGUGACGAACUGUCGCGUUCAGUCUGGGGAGGUCAUGAGUGAAGCGGGUAUCAAUAUGUAUAUGGAGCACCCAGACAGCCAGGAUCUGAGUCAUUGGUGGAUGUACGUCAAGGGUUUUGAGUACAUUUGCUGUAUUCCCAAGUGCGAGCACUCACAACGCAUGCUAUGGUGGACUCCUACUCUGGAGGAUUGUCCUGAAGUUCCCAAUGGCCCCUUUGCAAUCAUCAUUUGUGUCCUCAAACCACACCUGUUGGAGGGAUACAAAAAGCUUCGCGACAAGUACGUUGGCCUCAUAGGCCAACGUUCCGAUCACUCUCUGCUGGCUGGCCUCCUGCCCUGUCUGUGCCCCGGUCCCAAUGGCAUGGAGACGUAUGAGCCCAAUCAGAAACUUAUGGGCGCCUUUACAGAGAAAUUUGCGGUUGCGCAGCAAUUUCAUGCGAUGGGCAUUCUGGUCUGGUUAAUUCGACCGUCUUUUCGUAUUUUGCCAACAAUGAACAUCAAUGUCUAUUCCCCCCAGCAACAUGAUGAUGCAAUCGUCUUGUGGCCUUUUUCCGAUGGCUGGGGGAAGCCUGACCCUUAUCCUGUUCUGGUUGUUGGCCCACCAUCCACAGAACUCUACCGGUGGAUGCAGCACAUAAGCUAUGGGAUCAUGGACCUUCAGGAUGUUACGUUGAUCAGCCGUCAGGAUUUUAUUGAGGGAAAAGUCAAGCUGGGGGCGGUUUGGGAGUCUUACUCACUUCCUGUCCCGUCUGUUUCCCAAUUGUCUGUGGCAGGGGCAGUGGGGCCCAUUGCUGGAUCAUCUUCUAGGAAUGAGGGACAGUAUUCCUCAGCCACUUCAAGCACUCAGCAAGGUAAAGUCAUGCUUGCACUUCAAGUGCGGAGUUUACUAAAGGUUUUUGCAGUUUUACGAUCUGUGAGAUCCCAGCAGCUGUCUCAGCCACGAUCUCAGCUGCAGUCCCAGGCUCCCUCCAUGCCUGUUAUUCCUCCUUCUCUGGGGCUCAUGCCAAGGUUGGAUGAGGUGCCCAUGCCUAGCAGCUUCAAAUAUCCUAAGCCCGAAAUUUUCUUGAACUCCAAAAACUGGGCUUUGUAUACUGCAACAUGGUUGGCCAUCCGAGCACAUCAUGUUUACACGCUCGGCACUGGGACCUCGCUCCCUCCACCCAUCAGCAGCAACUUCCUCAUCAAAAUUCAGCCCUUCUUGCACCCUGAAAGUAUCGAUGUUGCAGCACAGCUUGAUGAACCCAUGACUUCCACUGCCCCACCACAACUGGAGGGGAAGGGGAAACAGAGUACAAAGGGGCCAGGCAAGGGGCCGGGAAAAUCUCGCACCAAGAAAUUGAACUCUUAUCUUGAUCAGAUCCCGCUCAAACAAGGCCAGGUUGAUAGGGUGGUUUUUUAUGAUACGACGAUUCAACUGGGUACCACAGUGGAAUUGGAGAACACAUUGACACCAGAAAUCACAAAGGAGGUACUCUGGGAACUCUGCCACAUGAGCUUUCAAUUCAAGCUUGAGAAGGCGGCAGCUGCCUGUAUCCAGGAAGUUCUUUGGGUAUUUCCCAUGUCUGGUGAGGUGGUGGGACCUUUCAUCAUCAACGAGAUCCCGAAUCGCGAUUUAGGGUUGACGUCGGUGGAUCUGCUGGAGUGGAACUGUUAUCUGGUGGCACUGGGGCAUUUGAUGUCUUCGUGGAAGGGUUGCCUGGAGUCUAUCACCAAAGCAAGCUUGGGGCCAUUGGUAAACCAAAUACCCUUGCCUACUGCUGCUGAUUUGCAUGAUGAUGCAGCUGCUGCUGCUGUUGACACUGAUGAUAAUGGGACUGACUGGGAUAAUGGUGACUCUGAGGAUUCUGAGGGGGUUUCACCUAGUGAAGGUCUUCAUCCCUUGGUAUUUCCUGCUGAGCAAGGCUCUCCAAUGUUUUUUGAGAAGCUCACAUCAGUGGAACUCUUGGCUAUGGGGCUGUUUCCAGCCUCACCACUUCGACCUACAUUGGCAGUGGAUCUAAAUAUGCUUGACUAUGUGAAUGAGCUUUUUGUUCGCUUGCCACCAAACACUACUGCAUGCUAUAAGCUUGAGAGUAGAGAUGCAAUAAGGCAUUGCUUUGGAAAUGCUCUGCAGUGGUAUGGGAAUUUGAUUGCUCAAAAAGAGCUAUUAAUCUCUGGGAUCAUAAAUGAGAGUCAUACUGGAAUAGAGGGUCAGGAUGACCUUUCUUCUGAAUCUAAGGAAUUAGAUGAAGAAAGUUAUGGACCACCUCUGACAUCUAGUCCUGCUCCUUCUGCAGAUGAGGCUAGUGAUGGUUCUCCUGAUGUUCAAGAUAGUACAAAUGCUACAUCUGGUAUUCAUAGACCAAGUCUAUAUUUACGGCAGCGUUGCCCACUUUGUUUUGGUGGAGAUAAACCACAUGAUGACAACUUUCUUGCAGAUGUUAUUGUGUGCAUUGAUGCCUGCUUUACUCACAAAAGAAGAAAUCCAGCAAAAGGUGGGGCAAAGGGUCCUGAAAAUCUCCAUUCAGAAACUGUCUUUGUGUCAGACAAGAAUGUUGCUGAGAUGAAAGCCUUUGUUGAGACUACUUGUCCUGUAAAAUCAAAGUCAAAGGAAAAGACAAAGGAGGGCUCUGAUGCUCAUGGUGUAGAAGAUUCCUAUGAGCCUGGAAUGAAAGUCCCAGUUUCAGCUUUGGAAGGGUGCUUGGCCUCAUUUGUGGCUGCAGAUGAAAGAAGGACAAAAGCCAGUACACAGUUCUUUGCAGACACAGGACUUACAGCUAUGCUCUGUUGUCAUGACCAUGUGCUCUGGAUUGUGAAUAUGACCACUGCUGGAGAACAACAAUAUUAUGCUUUAGCAUUGAUCAAGGAGCUUUUUUUGAAUUUGCCUUUGUCAAUGACUGUGGGGAUACUCUAUGAUAUUGGUUUGUUUCAUGCAUAUGGUCACCAGUGGCCAUGCCAACUAAUCUACCACCACUGUAAAGGUGAAAGUUUUGGACUCUCUGAUGGAGAGGGCUGUGAACGCUUCUGGAGUUCCAUAAAGUUACUAAUUCCAUCAAUGCGUGUGGCAGAGUUCUACCAUCUUCUGUUCACAAUUGAUACUCAGGUGAAACACCUAGAGAAAAAGUCAUUCAAGGUGAUGGGAAAAUGGCUUCAACGUAAAUGGCUGCAUUGCCUAGAAAAGAAGAUUGGGGCUGAGGAAAUUCUCCAAGAACUUGGUCUAGAAAUGCCUCUUCUUGAGAAAGAAUGGAAAGACCAGGUUGUGGCACAGACUAAGCCCUUGGCAAGACAGUCAAAGAAUAUUGCGAAUAAUGCUGUCAAAGAGAUAAUGGCUUUGUAUACUGCAAGGAAUGCAUUUGUGGGCAUGAACUUUAGCCAAAUUACUACCCAAGGCAAGGAUGCCUUCUUCAGAUAG